GAUGUCCACGAAUGCAAGCAGGGGGCCGUCUGUUUCAUACAUGGCAUGAGGAAAUAAACCUAUUUGCGUUGUUAAAUGUCUUAAAUAUUUCUCAGAUCGUGGUUAAUUCUUGAGUUAUUAGCUAAGCCGACUUGUGUGCUAUCGUACGAGUUGAUGAUCGACGACAGUAGUUUCAUUCAUUCAUGAAUUAUGGACUUUUUCUUUAAGUGGGAUCAGUUCAUGGUGUAGCAACAAGUGUAGCGAUAUACAACAGACGUGGAGCUGGACUGGACUGAGACAUACAGCGUAAAAGAGUUUUUAUUAGGGAUUAUAUCUAAAUUAAUUAGGAUUUGUUUGGAUAGCUACGAUCAUAUCUGGUCCGUAAACUAAUUAUUUAAACAAGGAAAUGCUGAUUUUGUGUGUAGUUUUACUUAAACAUGUAGCAGUGAUAAUAGGGGUCCAGGAACCUUUGUGUCAGCUCUUUAAAUCAGGAGACCUUUAAAUUUUCUCCUGCAAAUGAUCUAAUUUAGAAACAGAUCUAUAAACAUGUUAUCCUCUAUCCUAAAAACACUGUAAUUCCAAAACAAAUAAGUAAAUACACACACACACUAUAGGCGAUGCUCAAGCUGAGAAAUCAUCACUGAGAAAUGAGGCUGUGUUUCCUCCCAUGCCUUUCGAACUAGAUUCAUUCGUUCCUUAUCUAAAUCGAGUGCUUUUAUCUGAUCAGACGGUGUAGGGAAAGCGUCCGAACAUGGCGAGCGUGCUCAGAUUAAAGAUGAGCCUGAAUUCCUUGAGAAGGAGACAACCCAAGACUUUCAGCGUCAGGAUAGUGACCAUGAAGGCAGACCUGGAGUUCAGCUGUGAGGUGAAGUGGAAAGGGAAGGACCUGUUUGAGCUGGUAUGCAGAACGCUGGGGCUCCGUGAAACCUGGUUCUUCGGCCUGCAGUACGACAUCAAAGACACGGUGGCGUGGCUGAAGAUGGAUAAGAGGGUUUUAGACCAAGAAGUUCCUAAACAGGAGCCCAUCGUGUUGAACUUCCUGGCCAAGUUUUACCCUGAGAACGUUGAGGAGGAGCUUGUCCAGGACAUCACACAGCACCUCUUCUUCCUGCAGGUGAAGAAGAAGAUUCUGGAAGAAGAGGUGUACUGUCCCCCUGAAGCCUCAGUGCUGCUCGCAUCAUAUGCUGUUCAAGCAAAGUAUGGAGAUUACGACCCCAACGUCCACGAACCAGGCUUCCUGGCCCAAGAAGAGCUCCUGCCUAAGAGGGUGAUUAAUCUCUACCAGAUGACUCCUGAAAUGUGGGAGGAGAGAAUCACACUAUGCUACGCUGAGCACCGAGGGAGGACCAGGGACGAAGCCGAGAUGGAGUAUUUAAAAAUAGCUCAGGAUUUGGAGAUGUACGGGAUCAAUUACUUUUCCAUUCGCAAUAAGAAGGGGACAGACCUGCUGCUCGGCGUCGAUGCUCUGGGCCUGCACAUUUACGAGCCGGAGAACAAGCUGACGCCUAAAAUCUCUUUCCCGUGGAAUGAAAUCCGCAACAUCUCCUACAGCGACAAAGAGUUCGCUAUUAAACCUCUGGAUAAGAAAGCAGAUGUGUUCAAAUUUAACUCCUCCAGACUGCGGGUGAAUAAGUUGAUUCUGCAGUUGUGCAUCGGGAACCACGACCUGUUCAUGAGGAGACGCAGAGUGGAUUCACUGGAGGUGCAGCAGAUGAAGUCUCAGGCCCGAGAGGAGAAAGCUCGCAAACAGAUGGAGAGGCAGAGGCUGGAGAGAGAGAAACACUUGCGUGAGGAAGCUGAGCGAGCGAGGGAUGAGUUGGAGCGGCGACUCCUCCAUCUACAGGAUGAAGCUUUUCUGGCCAACGAAGCUCUGCUGCGUUCAGAGGAAACAGCCGAUCUGUUAGCAGAGAAGGCUCAGAUCGCAGAGGAAGAGGCCAAACUGUUGGCUCAGAAGGCAGCCGAGGCGGAGCAGGAGAUGCAGCGGAUUAAAAUGACGGCGAUCCGCAGCGAGGAGGAGAAGAGACUGAUCGAGCAGAAGAUGCUGGAGGCCGAGAGGCUCGCCCUUAAAAUGGCUGAAGAAUCCGACAGGAGAGCCAAGGAAGCCGAUCAGCUGAAGCAGGACCUGCAGGAGGCCAGAGAGUCUGAGCGCAGAGCCAAACAUAAGCUGCUGGAGAUCACUAACAAAUCGCCUUACUCGGCUGUUGCUCUGUCUCCGAACUCCCUCCCCCCUGACCUGAGCUUCAGCAUGGAGAACCUGAGCUUUGACUUCAAAGACACCGAUAUGAAACGCCUGUCCAUGGAGAUCGAGAAGGAAAAGGUGGAGUACAUGGAGAAGAGCAAACACCUACAGGAACAGCUGAACGAACUGAAGACGGAGAUCGAGUCCCUGAAGCUGAAGGAGCGAGAGAGUCAUCUGGACAUCCUUCAUAACGAGAAUACGGAGAGAGGCAUGAGCAAGCAGAGCAACUUCAAAAAGCUGACACUACAGAGCGCCAAGGCAAGAGUGGCCUUCUUCGAGGAACUGUAGCUGACCAAAGUGGUUCAAGUGUUAAAUUUUUGUGUAUUCAUUUUUUCUAUUUCUAGUUUGUUUGUUUUUGUUUUUUGCAGAGUUAACCACUGAGUUAACUCUGUGUGUGUGUGUGUGUGUGUGCCCAUUCCUGCUUAGACUCAGUUUUAGUCCAGCAACCACCUGACCUCUGUGUGUGAGUGUGUGUUUGGUGUGUGGUAUGUGUUGUGUGUGUGUGUGUGUGUGUGUGUGUGUAGAUGCGGACCACCUGACCUCUGUUUGUGUGUGUGUGUGUUAGUAUGUGCGUUGUGUGUGUGUGUGAUCUGAAUGGUUCCUCACUCCUACAGUACAUUUUAAGUAAACACUAGAUGCUGACCACCUGACCUCUGUUUGUGUGUGUAUAGUGUGUAGUGUGUGUGUGUGUAGUGUGUGUGUGUAGUGUGUGUGUGUAGUGUGUGUGUGUGUGUGUGAUCUGAGUUGUUCCUCUUUCAUCAAAUAACUGGUAAAAACUUUCUCUUGGAACUUUUUUCUUGGAAGUGUUGUCUGUGUUUGAUCUUUUUUAAAGGGGAUAUUUUAUAAAUCCUGUGCUAAGAGCUUUAGCUUGCUGUUACCGCGGAGACUCCAGCUUAGCCGCUAUUUAUACACUUUUAUCAAAAGCCGCUAUUUUCCUCAUAUAUUUUCUAAAAAGCGUACACUACAUUUUUUUUUUUUUUACACUACAUUCCCUGGAAUGGAGGCUUGUAGAGGUGCAGUUUGUUCCAGACACAUUUCUUUGAAGGCUGCCUUCGCUGAGGCUUCGUAACACAUCCGUAAGCACUGCGUAAAAGCUUUUUUUUUAAAAAAAACCCUGUACGGUGCUUUCGGUGCUCUCUGAGGUUUUAUCGCAUUAUUUCUGAGAACUUUCCAAGAUACAGCACACUAAUGAAGCAUUAUAACGUCUUGUGGACUCUUUCUGUUCGUUCGGCUGACAUGUGCGCUUCAUAACAGUGAUAUAAACACAGUGCUGAUUGAGGGGGAAAAAAAAAAAAUCAGACAUUAGGCUUUGUUAAAGAAAUGACGUCCAAUAAGAUAUACAUAGCGCUUCAUAACAGUGUUAUAAGCGCAAGAGUGAUCACAGUUUGGUAAAAAGUUUGGGGUAAAGUAGAUGUAGUGCUUCAUAGCAAUGUUAUAAGCACAUGACUGAUCACAAUAAGUUUAAAGUAUGAGAUAAAGUAGACAUAGCGCUUCAUAACAGUGUUAUAAGCGCAAGUCUAGUCACAGUUAGUUAAAAAGUAUGGGGUAAAGUAGAUAUAGCGAUUCAUAACAGUGUUAUCAGCGCAAGACUGAUCCUUGUUAGGUAAAUGUGUAGGGUAAAGUAGACAUAGCGCUUCAUAGCAGUGUUAUAAGUGCAAGACUCUUCACAGUUAGGUUAGAGUAUGAGAUAAAGUAGACAUGGCGCUUCGUAGCAGCGUUGUAAGCGCAAGACUGAUCAUAAUUAGGUAAAAGUAUGGGAUAAAGUAGACAUAGCACUUCAUAGCAGUGUUAUAAGAACAAGACUGAUCAUAGUUAGGUAAAUGUAUGGGCUGAGGUAGAUAUAGUGCUUCAUAACAGUGUAAUAAGUGCAAGACUAAUUACAGUUAGGUAAAAGUACAAGGUAAAGUAGAUCUAGUGCUUCAUAACAAUGUUAUAAUCGCAAGACUCAUCAUAGUUAGGUAAAAGAAUGGGAUAAAGUAGACAUAGUGCUUCAUAGCAGUGUUAUAAGUGCAAGACUGAUCAUAGUUAGGUAAAUAUAUAGGAUAAAGUAGACAUAGCGCUUCAUAGUAGUGUUAUAAGCGCAAGACUAAUCACAGUUAGGUAAAAAGUAUGGGGUAAAGUAGAUAUAAUGCUUCAUAACAGUGUUAUACGAGCAAGACUCAUCAUAGUUAGAUAAAAGUAUGGGAUAAAGUAGACAUAGUGCUUCAUAACAGUGUUAUAAGUGGAAGCUUGAUCACAAUUAGGCAGAUGUAUGGGAUAAAGUAGACUUAGUGCUUCAUAACAGUGUUAUGAAUGCAUAACUGAUCACAGUUAGCUAGAAAGCAUUCACACGGUUGACCUAAAGGAUUCUUAUACAAUCGACACCCCAGAAGGUGUUCAAAGAGCCUCAUAAUAGUGAUAUAAACACUAAUAAAACUGAGUACACACAGGCUAAAGAUGAAAUAAAUAAUGAUUUAAACAUAAAACGGAUUAUUUGAUGGAAUUAUGGCACUCGUAAACUAAUGACAUAGACUAGGCUAUACAUAGCACUUCAUAACAGUGCUAUAAACACUAGACUGAUCACAAUUAGGUUAAUGAAGUAAGUGAAAAGAAGUCAUGGAAAAAGCCAUAGCACAAACACAAAAAUAAUAACUUAGCUUUAGCAUUCACACGGUGACAUAUAUGAUUCUUAAACUAAUGACGUCUUAGAAGGUGUUCAUAGAGCUUCAUAACAGUGUUAUGAAUUCAAAGCCGAGUAGAAAGAUGAGGUUAAAGAUUAAUAUUAUGUAUUUGACUGAAUUGACUCAAAAUUGUAGAAGGGUGUACAUAGUGCUUUAGAACACCGUUAUAAGUAUGUUAUAAAUGUUAUUAAUGUAGCCCUUAUUACAACUCUGUUAAAUAAUUCAGUGAGAUGAUGUAUGAACUAUAGGCUUUUUUUAAAAAUGAAUUUCUGAAGAAACAAAUCUGACCUGUGAUGCUUCAUAGAGGAGUUAUAAAGCUUUAUAACUCCUCUAUGAAGCAUCACAGGUCAGAUUUGUGCUUCACUUCCCGAGAGGAACUAACAGAUAAAGAUUACAGACACAGCAGACGUUCCCCUCCUGAGAUCUGACAUAAGCCUCUCGCAGAAUUGCUUUCUGAAGGAUUUAUGACGGUGUUACGAAGCCCCAGCGUCGAUCCCUUUCAGAUAAAAGCUAGUGAAUAUUUUAUAUGCAGUGCGCUCACUGUGUUUACUUUUAAAAGCAGUCUGAUUGGGGCUUUAAUAAAAUAAACAAUCAAAGCCUUCGGGAUUAUGAAGUCGUUUUUAUUUUUUUUUUCUUGAAAGCUGUUUACAUUGAUGUUUAUUUUUUUCCUUGAAGAAUUUGUAUAUAUUUUUGGAUAAUAAUUGUUUGUUCUGAGAAAUAAAUGAAUGUAAAUCCUGCUCAA